AUGCCUGAAUAUACAGAAGAGGCUCUGCAAAGUGCUCUAGAUGAUUUUCCGACCCGGAAAAUCCCCUCUUUGCGCAAGGUUUCGGAGCUAUAUCAAAUCCCAAGGUCUACACUUCAGAGUAGACUCGCAGGCCGUCCAACUCGCAAAGAGAGCGCCCAGAUUACACAGAAUCUAUCCCCUGUUCAAGAGAGAUACCUUGCGGAAUGGAUU